CAUUUUCAAUGUUGGCAAUGAAAUAUUUUCCAAUCAAAAAAAUUGCGCCUGUAAGAAUCAAAACAUUAGUAAUUAGUGGUGCAUUUAGCAUUAUGUAAAAUUCCUUUUCCGAACUGAAAAAUAAUUUAUUACUUUCCUUUUUUGUAUUUGAGCUUAUUAAAUAAUUAGAAAUGUCAUCAAGCAUUCCUGCUAUGGUUGAAAACCAUUUAGAUGCCAUUGAUUUUACAACUGAUGGUAAAUUAAUAUUUGGAUCUUCAAAUUUGACGGGAAGAUACUGGAAUGGAUCUUUGUGGUGCUUUAAAACGAUUGAUGAUGCUCCAGACGUAGAAAAAUGUUCUACUGGUAUAGAAGUAUCUUCUGGCAUUUGUGAUUUGGUUUGUUUAGAUGAUAAAAGAGUUGUCCUUGGACUUGAUUCAGGUUGUCUAGAAGUAUAUAAGCUAGAAGAUGAACCUGAAGAAUUUAAGUGGACGCUUGGUGCAUUAGAGCAUGAUGACUCGAUAACUUCUCUUAGCCUUAACUCGAACAAAUCUAGUUUAGUCAGUGUUGGUGCUGAUAAAUGUGGUAAAGUUUGGGAUUUAGUAACUAUGGCCACCACAUCAACCUACAGACCAAUUCAUGGAGGCAUAGUUUGGCAAGUGUCUUGUUCUACAACAGACCCUAAUAUUUUUGUUACAUGUGGACAGGAUAGCAAAAUAGUGUUAUUUGAUAUUAGACUGCCUAAACCAGCAACUCUUAUAGAUACAUAUCCUUUUAAAUGCAGUACAACAGCAGUCUGCUGGAAACCAUUAAGUGAUAAUCUUUUUGCUGUUGGAGAUGAAAGUGGUGUAAUUGCAAUAAAAGACUUAAGACUUAGUGGUAGUUGCUUGAGCUCUUGGGAUGCUCACAAGAGGCGUAUAUUUAAAAUGUCUUUUUCAAAAAGUAAAUUAUAUCUUGCAUCUUGUGCUGAUGAUACUGAUGUCUGUGUGACGAAUGUUGAAGGGGACAAUCCACUUGUUUUAUGUAAAAGUGAUGUUCAUGAUGACUUUGUUCGAGGACUUGCCUGGAGCUUAGAAAAUGAUUUAGUGUCUUGUGGAUGGGACAAAAAAGUGCUAAAACAUGAUAUAGCACAAUAAAAAUAGGCUGUUUUGUAUAGUUUUAAUUUUUUAAUAAAAUUUUGAAAUCCAAAAA